CGGGUCUCACACACGGACACGCAGGCAGACCCACGGACAGACACAGACACGCGCGUGCCCGGCUGCCACCCAUGACCAUCAGGAGGGCAUCGGCCGGCGCUCACCACCCAGCGGGGCUGUGCACAGGAGGGGCUGCGAUGUUGGUGCCCCGCUCCCGCUGAGUUACCCCUGCCUGGGGCAUGAGGCGGAUGGCUCGCAGGCUGCUGCUCUCCGCGCUGGGCAUCCUCUGGAUCGCUGCCCUCAUCUUCUUCUUCUUAGGGGGCAGAAGGAAGUUAGAGGAGGGGGAUUCGGACGGAGACCCGGGGAAGGACUUGGACGUAGAUUGGGAUGAUUUAUGGGACCAAUUUGAUGAAAGGAGAUAUCUGAACGCUCAGAGGUGGAAGCCCGGAGAAGACCCUUACAGGCUGUUUGCGUUUAACCAGCGAGAGAGCGAGAGAAUUCCAAGUAAUCGAGCCAUCAAGGACACCAGACAUCACAGAUGUACGGAAUUACACUACUCACCCGAUCUCCCUCCUACGAGCAUCGUCAUCACCUUUCACAACGAGGCACGAUCCACGCUUCUGAGGACAAUCAGGAGUGUGCUAAACCGAACACCUAUGCACCUUAUCCAUGAAAUUAUAUUAGUGGACGACUACAGUGAAAAUUCCGAUGACUGCCGUCUUCUGCGCAAGUUACCUAAAGUGAAGUGCUUACGCAAUAACCAAAGGGAAGGUUUGAUCCGGUCUCGCGUUAGAGGGGCAGAUGUCGCCGAGGCCAACAUCCUCACUUUCUUGGACAGUCAUUGUGAGGUUAAUAAGGACUGGCUGCUGCCUCUUCUGCAGAGGAUUAAAGAGAACCCUACUCGCGUGGUCAGUCCCGUCAUAGACAUCAUAAACUUGGACACUUUCGCUUAUAUAGCGGCUUCGUCGGAUCUUCGAGGAGGUUUCGACUGGAGUCUGCAUUUUAAGUGGGAACAACUUUCUACGGAGCAAAAGGCUAAAAGAUUAGACCCGACGGAGCCCAUUAAGACACCUGUCAUUGCUGGGGGCCUGUUUGUCAUUGAUAAAUCGUGGUUCAACCAUUUAGGCAAAUACGACACGGCCAUGGACAUCUGGGGGGGAGAGAAUUUUGAGAUCUCGUUCCGCGUUUGGAUGUGCGGCGGGAGUUUGGAAAUCAUACCCUGCAGUCGCGUCGGACACGUUUUUCGGAAGAAGCAUCCUUAUGUCUUUCCGGAGGGGAACGUUAAUACUUAUAUCAAAAACACCAAACGCACGGCUGAAGUAUGGAUGGAUGAAUUCAAAACCCAUUACUAUGCAGCAAGACCAGCGGCCCAAGGGAGGCCAUACGGAGAUAUUCAGAAGAGAUCGCUACUCAGGAAGAAUUUAAAAUGUCGCACCUUCAAAUGGUAUUUGGAAAAUGUUUAUCCAGAACUCAAAAUCCCAGCCAAAUCUUUAUCAAAAUCAGGAAUCAUCAGGCAAAGACAAAGAUGUAUUGAGUCUCAGAAGACCGGCGGUCAGGAGCCUCCUUAUCUUAAUUUAGUACCUUGCAGUAGCCUUAAAGGAGCCUCUGAGCCAUCUCAGGAAUGGAUUUAUACUCAGGUCCAGCAGAUCAGCCAAGACAAACUCUGCUUCUCUGUGCACACUUUGUUCCCCGGGACCCAGGUCGUUCUGUUGCCCUGCAGAGAAGGAGACGGGAAACAGAGAUGGAGCAAAGUGGGUUCUCGCAUCGAGCACAUGGCCUCCCGGUUCUGCCUAGAUACAGAAAUCAUCGGAGAUUCCGACGACAACAACCGAGAAGUCGUGAUCAACCCUUGCGAGACGACGGCCAUCAGCCAACGAUGGGAAAUGGUGCUUCACGAUCUGCACUGAGGAGAACGGGACUUCUUAGGAGGAGACCUGACGGCAUCGAGACGUGCCCACGAGACCCGGACCGUUUGCACUUUCCGGUGGACUCCGCGACUGAAGACUUGAAAGAAGAAAAGAGAAAAGAAAAGGCUCGACGGAACAUUUUGAACGACUCAAGAACAAUUUGAAGUUCGAGCUGACCUUUAAAAGUCAGUCUAAGAAAAA